AAACAAUUGAUAUUCUAGUAAAUUCGUGACAUUUCUAACUUCAAAACAAGUUUGUAUAAAUACCGGACCGGUGAUCUGAGUUAAGAGUUAGUAAACUAGUAACAAGAGUGUUGAAAACUUGUUUAAAUCAAAGAAUUUAGUGUUAUUAAAUUAUUUUAAAGUCUAGAAUUAACCAAAAUGGCAUUUAUUCCUAUCGUGUGUCGUGAAAACCAUUGGGCUCAUCCUUGCCCUCGUCGUCAAGUUGCAGUGCCUAAUGGAAAAUUUGUUGAAGAUAUCACCCAGGACGUCCUGAAUUCCAUUGCCUUAGCCCAGGCGUUAUUUGGCCCAGAACAAGAUAGAGUAGACACAGAGGUAAUGAGACAGAAUUCUAAAAAACUCAAUCGACCCAGAUCAUCUGUUACAAUUGAUGAACAUAAAUUCCAUGCCAAUUUCGAUGUACAGCAUUUCAAACCUGACGAAAUUACUGUAAAGGUAAAUGGUGACAGGUCCAUUACUAUUGAAGCCGAACAUGAAGAGAAACAAGAUGAUCAUGGUGCAAUUUACAGGCAUUUUGUUAGAAAGUAUAAGUUGCCAGACAAUUGCGAUAUAGAAAAGGUAGAUUCCAAAUUGUCAUCAGAUGGUGUCUUAAGUAUUACAGCUCCUACCAUUGGACAGAAAUCUUCCAGUCAUAGAACCAUUCCUAUUAUUCAAACUGGGAAGCCAAUUAAGUCAUCAGAACAAUCACAGGUUCAACAGAAAUCAGAUUGAAAAGUAGGUUAAUAUUAUUUAAAAUAUAUUACUUACAGUAAAUGUUCUUUAAUUUCAAGACUGAUUUUUUUUGAAUGUAUAUUAAUUAAAUUUUUUGUACUGUAGCAUAUUUUUUAUUUAAUUAAAUAAAUUUAUGAAUUAAUA